AUGGUUGGCGUCAUCUCUGGGUACAUACUGCCGGUGGAGAGCCUGCACUGGUUCUGCCGGUGCUGGGUCGGUCCCUUUGUGCCCGAGGAAAUUCCGGAGGUCGAGGGGCCUCGCGAAUUCAAUGCAUUCGUGAACGACAUACUGUGCAUGAUCGACUGGAUUCGGGGUCUGGAGAGGAGCAAGCUCGUGCCUCCUGUGAGCUGGCUUCUCCCGGACCGGGGCGAAACUGCCGUCAUCGUCACGGGAUACGAGGAUCAGAAGAAGGGGGUCUCCCGGAUCCCGGAAGACGACAGGCAGGUUCGCGCGCGCGACUGGUUUGUGAAACACGCGAAUCUGGUGGCCGGGGAAAACAUCUUUGUGAGCGACAACUUGCAAUAUUUUUGCACCGCGGAAGAGAACCUGGAGCUUCCCCUCGCACUGUGCUUCGAUCCGCCGCCGCAGACAGGCAAGGAGAAGGCCGCUGAACCGAAAUCAGGCAAACCGCUGCUUUGUACAACACCGGAGCCUCAGUCGUCAAGCAAAACUCCUGCUGCCACUACGCCCGGCAAGGCAACUACAAGCGCGACGUCUGGCGCGACGUCUGGCAAGGCAAAGCCCACUGGCAGGCCGACUUCUGGCAAGCCUCAGAGCCCGGGGAAGCCUACGAGCGCCGCUAAACCUGGCAGUGCGAAGCCUACGAGCUCCGGUAAACCGGCCAGUACGAGGGCUACAAGCUCCGGCAAACCGGCGAAUGCUGGUGGUAAGCCAGCGGGUGUCAGGAAGGUACCGGCGGCAGUCAUCGCUGAGACGUCCGACGUCGAGGGUGGUGACGGCAACGGCUCCGAGGGGGCCAACUUGGGUGAUGGCGAGGGGGCUGGCACAGGCGCAGGCGGAGACACUGGCAGCGAGAGCGGCGUCGAUCCCGACGCUGAGAGACGCGGCGAAGACGAAGACAUUGAGAAUCACGUCGAGCCUCACACGGGCCAAUCGAUGGAUAAUCGUCGAUACGCCUGCUGGCGCAGGCACUGGGAGCGGAAACGGCGAUGCGAGUACAGUCGCACCUGGGAUUCGUGA